AUGAAGCUCUUUGCUUUGGCCGAGGUGGUAGAGAGACUGAUCAUGAAGAAUCCUUCGCAAUACCUAUGGAGUGCCGAAGUAGAGGGUCUGCCUGACGAGCUAAAGAGAUGCAAUUCACCGGAGAAGCUACUACGCAGCAAACUGUUCGAGCAAUCGGGGGACGAGGGCGAAUUGAAGAUGCUGGUGAACGCGAGUGUGAGCCUCGUCAAGGCCUAUCGUGGCCUAGGUGCCGUUCAAGUUAUUAGGCUGCCCUCAUGGCGCGCGGCUUUUGAAUCUUUGUGA